UCUCAUUUUCUCUCUCUCUCUCUCUCUCUGUCUCGCUCUCUCUCUCUCUCUCCACCUCCCAUCUCUCUCUCUCUCUCUCUCUCUCUCUCUCUCUCUCUCUCUCCUUUUGCUUUCUUGGUAGUAAUUGAGAGGAAGAAGGGUAGGCGCAGGACAGAGAGAAGAGGGAAAACAGAAAAAGAAUUGUAUGCCACUAUGUCUGAAUAUAUCUUGUGCUUGUAGAUAAUUACAUCCAAGUUGCCCUUUUGCCUUUCUAUUUCCAUUUUUGGGCACCUCUUUUUAUCAUCCAGCCAACUGGGAUAGACAAAGCACCGUUGGUGCCCUGAGCGACAGAACUCUAGUAGGGGGCUGGCUGUAAAUUGACGUGGCAUGGAAAUUCUCUGCUAAGUUUUAGCAGCUUGCAUGUUUCUCUAAGAUCAAGCCCAGCGUCCUGGAGCUGUAGCUUAAUCAUGGGUUCAAUGACUUUACAGAAAAAUGGAUAGAAAAAUUCUUCAUCUCCUUUCUUUGGACCCAGAUGUUUUCACUUUGGUUGUCUAUGGUUUAGCUGAAAACAAAAUCAAAGCAGCUAAGUCUGUAACUUUCUUUUUGCAGCUUAAACAACAGAAUUUGCUGCUCUCCCUCCCCUUUCCUGCAAUAUAAUUCCUUACAGAUUUUGCCAUGGGGUGCGGACUUAGAAAGCUAGAAGACCCUGAUGAUAGCAGCCCUGGAAAAAUAUUUUCUACCCUGAAGAGACCGCAAGUGGAAACAAAGACAGAAUUUGCUUACGAAUAUGCAUUGCUGGAUUUCACUCUACAAGCUUCAUCAAACCCAGCAGUCAUCAAGAUAAAUUCAAUUCUAGAUAUCGUAACAAAAGUGGAAGACUAUUAUCUUAAAGGAUAUGUUGUUGGGGCUAUUCAUCCUGUUAUACAACCUGUGGGGCAGCGAAAACACCUACCUGCAAGUUACCUCUAUAGAGUGGUGCUAUCGCGCUUGAAAUUAAGCCCAAAGAAUUCAGCAGCACCGAGUGGACAAAGACGCCCAAGGCUUGUGAUUGAGGAAUGUCCUCUAACUUCUGAGGCACAAACAAAUGACGCAGCAAAAGAACUGAUAGAAAAGAUUAAUGUCGCUGCUAAAAGAGGAAUGAAAUUUGUUGGAUUCAUAUCACAGCAUUAUUCUCCAUCUAAAUUCUGCAAUGGAACCAACCAUGAUGGAGAUAUAGAAUCAAUGCUACAUGUAAGACGUGGUUCAGAUGAAAACUGUAGAAGUUGGAAUGAAGGGACAUUAAGUGGGCAAUCAUCUGAAAGUGGAAUUGAAGAAGAACUUCAUCAUGAAAGUGGACAAUAUCAAAUGGGACAAAAUGGCAGCCCCAGUUCCUCUAAAUCAAAAAAGGAAGAAGCCUCAGACAACAAAUUGUAUACAGUCUUCAAUGUUUUUGAUGAUGAUUCAGCCUCCUGGACCUAUCAGGAAGGCAUCCUGUCAAUGAAAGUAACGAGAAAAGGAUCAGUCAUUAGCACACUUGAUGCCGAUUGGCUGGAAUUAACUACAUUUUAUUAUAAACAAGGCUUGUCUUUAAUUGAUUCUUUUGUAUUCUGGGAAGCAUCUAAAGGGGAACAUUUGCCUAAAUCUUUGGAAGGAUUUUUUAUCUAUGAAGAAGAAGGUUCUGGAGUUCCAGGUUCUAGUAGGAAAGGAAAUGAUGCCAUCGUAGUAGAACAAUGGACUGUGAUUGAGGGAUGUGAAAUCAAAACAGAUUAUGGCCCUCUGCUGCACACUCUGGCUGAAUUUGGAUGGCUUCUGACAAGCGUGUUGCCCACACCUGUAUUAAGACAUGACAGUGAAGGGAAUUUGGCUACAAAGCAGAUCGUAUUCCUUCAGAGGCCAGUUAUGUGGAAUUCAGCUGUUCAAACACCAGAUAAAGCCAGCCGCCACAUAAAAGGUGAAGACAAGAACAAAGCCACCAGUAGGAGCAUCGGAUUAGACACAACCGCAUCACAACCUGCAGAGAGCAGACACCCACCUGAGGAGUGCCCCCUUUCUCCCUCCAGGGAAUGCUGGACAAAGGAGGGGAGGCUGGCACAGCACAACAGCUUCUCUGGGGUCAGCAGCAGCGACAGUGUCCUCCGGGAAUUAGAUGACGGACAGUUAGAUCAGGAAGAUGGAGUGACUCAGGUCACUUGUAUGUGAGCCUUGAGGUGAAGCAAAGGAAGGCCCUGUAUAUAAUUGUUAAAAUCACUGCCAACUGACCUUAUUGUAUUACUUUCUCCUCAUUUAUGUAAUAUUUUUUAAUUUUUCCAGACUCAACCUUUCCUCUAAUCUAUGUAAACUUUGGCACAACUUCCCAGACAAGGAAGAAUAACCAACAUAUUUAUACAUUUAGAAUCAUAUUUACACGUCUCUUAACUAAAACAUCUGGUUAAACAGAUGUCCCAUUUGGUUACUACAUGAUAAUCUGUUUCAGCUUAUGAAUGUACAAAGUAGACUUUUCUUACAAUUCUUGUUAAGGAGACUGAAUAUCUCAAUCAGUGUUUUACCUAAUUAGAGAGGGUUCUCAGGAAGUUAUAGUCUUAUUUAAGCUGAAAAAUAAUCUCUCUCUCUCUCUCCCUCGAACACACAUACACACACACACACAUACACGCACAUACACACACAGAGCUCAUUAGUGAAAAUAAAUACCUAUUUCCCAAGUAUAAUAAUUAAUCCACAUUUUAUCUUUAACUAUAGCAUGUAUAUACAAAGCAAGUCCCUAUAUGUUAAAGUAUUUUUUGAAAAAAUUCUUUUUUAUAUUGUCUUUGCUUUCAAAGGGUCACCGUGUCAACAACCCUGUACUGAUUCAUUGCAAGUAAACAUUAUUCCUCCUAACAGCCUAAAAAUGCAGACAGCAAAGCAGCAUCUCUUAAAAUUCAAUAUGAAAAGAACCCAUAAUCUCAACACAUAAAUACCUUAGUAGACAGUAAGAUUUCAUUUGUUUAAAGUGCAAGUACUAUGAAGAGGAAAAACAUCAAUUUCAAGUGGAAACUGAAGUCUUUUCCAUCAGUCUAGAUUUGAAUUCUGCUUUUAUUGACUUGCUAAAUCCUGCAGAAUGUUGAAAUCUAGAAUUUUCAAUCCAGCAGGAGUAGAAAGAUCUCAUAGCACAUGCAAUAUGUAUGAUAACCUAUUUGUUUCAUCUUGCUUUUCUUUCCCCUUCUAAUAGAGGUGGCUCUGCCUUGACCCAGUCUUUAACAAUCUUUAAAAUUCUACAAAAUAUAGGAUUUUCAUUUAUCUAUGAAAGGCUUACUUUGAAAGAUGGAAUCUUCAAGUGAGUUACAACUUACUCUAUCAUUGAUGAAUUCAGCCUAUUAUCUAUUUUUAUUAACAUUGAUGUUGACAUUGUAAGAUUUUAAUAAUAAAACAUCAUGUUUAUUGGGUUAUUGUUUUAUUGAA